GGGCCUGCGCGCUGCGGUGUCCGCGCUUGCGCAGUGCGCCCGGACCGGCGGGGCUGGGGUCACCCUGAGCUGGGACGGCGCCGCGAUGCUGAGCAGGUUCCUGGGCCCGCGCUACCGCGAGCUGGCCAGAAACUGGAUUCCGACAGCGGGCAUGUGGGGCGCUGUGGGCACCGUGGGGCUCGUGUGGGCCACUGACUGGAGGCUGAUUCUGGACUGGGUUCCCUACAUCAACGGCAAGUUUAAGAAGAAUGAUUAAUUAAACUGACCCCCCUGAACCCCGCUGGUGUCUGGCAGUGCUGCCUCCUUCCAUCUGCCUCUGGAACAGCCCACGCACUCAGGAUGGACCUGGAGGAAAUUCACAGCACGAGUUAGACAGUUUGUGAAAAUAGCUUUGGUGUGUGAACACACACAGCAUUAAACUCACCUGAAACCUG